CGCGAGACCUCUAAGGCCGUGACUCAUCGGGACUCAAUCCUGGGAGAACGAACUCGUUCUCUGAGUCCUGAUUGGAUGAUCGGCCUCAGAGCCCCUCCCUCAAAGCGUACUAAAGUGGCCCUGCGCGCUACGAGCGAAGUUAAGAAUAGGCGGGGGCUGAGAACUCCUUCUCUUAGCCUCUUCCUUUCUCUGCCCAGGCCCCACGCGAGUCACGCGCAUCGCCAUGGCCGAGACCUCGCAGCCAAUGGAGGGCCUUAGCAGAGAGGCCGCCCUGAGUUUCUGCUCUGAGCCAGACCCCAGCACCAAGGAUUUCCUGUUGCAACAAACAAUGUUAAGAAUAAAGGAUCCGAAAAAGUCACUGGAUUUCUACACGAGGGUUCUUGGAAUGACACUACUCCAAAAGUAUGAUUUUCCCACUAUGAAGUUUUCACUCUACUUCUUGGCUUUUGAGGACAAAAAUGACAUCCCAAAAGAUGAAAGUGAACGAACAGCUUGGUUGUUUUCCAGGAAAGGUACACUUGAAUUAACACACAACUGGGGCACUGAAAAUGAUGAGAACCAGGCUUACCAUAAUGGCAAUUCAGAUCCUCGGGGAUUUGGCCACAUAGGAAUUGCUGUUCCUGAUGUACAAAGUGCUUGUAAAAGAUUUGAGGAGCUAGGAGUAAAAUUUGUGAAGAAACCUGAUGAAGGCAAAAUGAAAGGACUGGCAUUUAUUCAAGAUCCUGAUGGCUACUGGAUUGAAAUUCUGAAUCCUAAUCAUAUGGCCACCCUCACUUAGUUUUGCCAGAACACUACAGAAAACAUUUUGAAAACAAGAAACAAUGUGAUUCAAGGUUGCUAGACUAAAGGAAGAAUGCAGUAUUUACGUAGUCCUCUCUCCACCUGAAAUUUGUUCUUUAGUUCUAUUCAUGACCCAUUUUUGGCUAUAUUUUACAUUUACUGUUCAUGUUUUAAAGCAUUGUGUGUCUUCCCACUAGUUGAAAUACUAUAGUUCCAACUCUGUCCUUGAAUGUAGUCAUGCAUCUUUGCCUUUUAUGUAAUAAUUAGUACAAUUCCUCCUCAGAGGCUGAUUUUAAAUUAGCCUUUUAUGCUUCCUGAACAUCACUUCUCUUUGCCUUUUAACUUGUGUUUAACCAUCAUUUUCAAAAAAGCAUUAAUGUGCUUGUGUUGUGAUGUCUUCUGAGAUUUAAAUGCCCUAGAAAUAACUUUUUACAAUAGAGAGUAAGAGAAGGCGCACACCUUGAAAUUUAAUGUGAACUUCAAAUAGAAAAAUUGGAGAAUUUAGUAUGAAGUAUUCAUUGUGUUCAAGCAGAUGCCCAGAGAUGCAACUUUUUAAAAUCCCAUCAGGUUGAUAAGGAUGCUAAUAUAAAAGUAUUUUUAAAGUCGUUAUAGAAGCUUUUUGAGAUAAAUGGAAACUUUAUUCUGUUUAAGGUAUAUUUACAUGUAAUCAAGACCUCAGUAAUUAAUUUUUUAAAGCUCUACUUUUGAGAUCAUGCACCUGAAAUUAAAACCUUAAAACACAUCCUGAUAGGUCUUCCAUGUUAAAGAGUACUGUUAGACAAAGUGAACAUUUUUUCUUAUGCUUGUGGUUUGAUUCCUUAUAAAUUGCUUCCUUCAGCAUCACUAGACUGGUCUACAGGCAACAGAUGUAAUCUGCCAUUGGGGCCCAUAUUUAUAAGUCUUUCCCUCUUAGCAUUAGAACUGCCUAAGCUUAUUUUCUUCUGGUGUAGACUUCAGGAAGCCAGAGUUGCCUCCACACCAAAAUAAAGAAUUAGAAUAAAAGGCUACUUCUAUUAUACUGGUUGUAAAUCAUGUUCAAUGAUCACUCAGCACAGAAUUUAAUUAACACAGGAACUGCUAAUUAGCAAAUGCCUUUGCUAAAUGCACUUCCCUAUCAAACUGACAUCCGUUUGAUCUAUUUUUAAAAUAUAGCUGGUCUUUAUAUUCAUUAUGGUUCUAUAAUACAAAAAUCUAAUUUCAUUUAGCAACAGACAUUUUGCAAAAUGUACUGAUCCCUAGAGGCCAUUCCAGUAAUGAUUACACUCAUCCCACACUUCCAAUCUUGACAUUCCCACCUUUACAACAUGUAGUAUACAUAUGCUUCUCUCCAUUCACAUAUCCAUGAUCCUUGUUCAAGCCCUCAUCACCUCUCACCUGGACUAUUGCAACCACUUUCUGGUUGGCAUCCCUGCCUCAGUUCUUAACUUCUUCUGAUCCAUCCUCCCUUUAGCUGCCAGAGUUAUUUGUUUUUCUGAAAUGUUGAUCUGACCACGUCACCCCAGCCUACUAAGUGAGCUCCAGUGCCCCUUAUUACCUCUAGGAUAAAACCCUUCGGAAUUUAGCCAUUCUACUUACUUCCUGGUACACUGUUCCAGAACCACUGGCAGCUUGAAUACCACCCCAUUACCUAUCUUUAAUGCCUUGGCAUUAGCUGUCCCCCACACCUGGAAUGAUCUACCCUCUUACUUCUGCCUCUUAGUUUCCUUGAACCACUUUAAGACUCAGCUGAAAUUUCACUUAAUCCAGGAGGCUUUUCCCAUUCCUCCCAUCUGCUCAUACCUUCUCUUCUGAGAUUACUUUCCAUCUGCUCUCUGCCUUGGCUCUACCUUGUUGUCUACUUGUCUCUCCCAAUAGAAUGUAAGCUCCUUGAGGGCAGGGACUGUGCUUUUUGCAUUUAGAACAGUGGCUGGCAUGUAGUAAGCAUUUAAUAAAUGCUUCUUGACUUGCUGGAAGCACUUUACAAUACCUAUGUGGGCUGAAUAGGUCUGUGUGAAUAAAUUUCAAAUUAGUACUGUAAAGUGAAUUAAAGAUUAAUUUCAAAUGAAA